ACAGCCGAUAACGGCAUCCGUUAAUAGUUAAUACUUUUAAUCUAUAGUCUAUAAUACAGUAUACAUACACACUAUGUUAUAUUAUAAUUAAUUAGAUUUCCGGGUAACAAAAAUGUUGCAAUAGGACAAAAAUUGUGCGUGCCAAAUGUUAAUUUUGUUCCGACGAUCGCCGGAGAAACAACGACAUAACCGAAAAAAUCGUCUGAGUGAAAGAUAGCAAAUAGAAAAAAAUAUGUCAUCGACGAAAAGAUUAUUGCAUGCCCUCAUCAUGGGUGCCCCAGGCUCUGGAAAAGGAACUGUGUCAGAACGGAUAGUUCAAUCUUUUGACAUGCUACACAUAUCCAGUGGUGACAUACUCCGGAAAAUGAUACGAGAGAAGACUGACUUCGGCAUACAAGUUAACAAAUUCGUGUCCAACGGGCAACUCGUGCCUGAUGAACUCAUGUUGAAAACUAUUGGCGGCGAGUUGAACCGUUUGUCGUCAGCUGAUCGCAGUUGGCUGCUGGAUGGCUUCCCAAGGACCAAAUCACAGGCACUGAGCUUAUUCAAAAUAGCACCUGUCCAAGUAGUAAUCAGCCUUGAUGUGCCCUUUGAUAUCAUCAUCAAUAGAGUUAAAGGUAGAUGGAUUCAUGCACCAAGUGGACGAGUCUACAACACUGAUUUUAAUGCACCUAAGGUACUCGGCUUUGAUGAUGUAACUGGUGAACCAUUAAUGCAACGCGACGACGAUAAACCAGAAUCUGUUAAAAAACGUUUGGAAAUAUACUCCGAGAUGGCUGGUCCGAUUUUAGAAUAUUAUGCUGAGCAAAAUGUUUUAGCAAAAUUCUCAGGUAAAACUACCAAUGAAAUUUGGCCUCAAGUCUACAAAUACUUGACCACCAAGAUUGAACCCAAGGAAAAACUUGCAUAAGAUUUGUAUAUAUUACAUCCGCCAAUGUUUUAUUGUUGUUCAAAUUUGAUUAUCAAAAUUUCAUAUUAUAUAUUUUAUGUAUUAUUUUUUAUUACUGUUACUGUUACUGUUAUUUAACAUGUUACUUGUUUGGUGCUAUUCAAAGAAUUAUAAAUUAACAUUUUAUUUGGUGCUUAAUAA